UUUUUUUUUUUUUUAUCUCAUUAUUUUCUCGAUAUGCGACUUCUAAUAAAGGUUCUUAUCAGUUAAUGCAGUCUGGUCUCCAGCCCUUCAGCCAAUUCUUCGUCAACAAUCUUUCACAUUCUCUCUCACAUCACACACACACGGAAAAAAAAGAAUGCCUUAAUUCAAUUGACAAGUAGCGAAGCAGGAAAGCCUUGGUUUAUAAUUCUCUCCUCCUAUUGUACAAAGUGGCGCAUAUCAUCUGAUCUUUAUUUUAUUCUUAAACAAAAGUAACUUAUCAAUAACUAGCCUAAAAACUCAUACCAUCGUCAUUUCUUACCCCUCGUUUAUUUGGAGAUAUAUCAACAUGUCUACGUCUACACCAAUCCUCACCGACGAUGGACAGCCCUUUCGGUCUCUUCGAUCUGUGCUGAAGCAGGAUGAUGACCCAGAGAGGCUGUCUUCUCAGAAUACUGUCCCGAGCGCAAAAGCCGUACAGAUAGCUGAGCCUGAACCAGAUCAGGACAAUUUAGAAGAAGCACAUCCCAAAAGACAAUACUCGGCUGGACUUGCGAAACGCUUGAGCGGUCGUCCACCUAUGCUAGAUCAUAACUCCUCUUCCAGGACCUCGCUCUUAAGUCAAAGCAGUCUAGAGCCACAAAGUAGCCAUACCAGCAACCAGUCCCCUCAUCACAAUCCACAAGAUAGCAGCCGGUCGCAUUUACAUUCCCAUCACCAUCAUCACCAUCACCACUUAGAUAAAUUCAUUGCCCAGAUUUCCGAUUGGCUAGAACGUGAGCGGGUCAAAAAGCAAAAUAGGCGAUCGAGAAGGGUUCACUCGAGCAGACGGAAAUGCGUAAAGGACGACACUGAUAAAACUGACACACAACAGCCGCCCGAGAGGUCUAGGGCAUACUCUAUUGACUCCGAAUCCAGCGACGUUUCUUUUGACAGACUGCAGAAAAUCGUUGACGACGGAAUGAGUGCCUUAGGUCUUCACGGGAUUCCACACAUUGGCCCAAGGCCUGGCAAGAAGCCACGGAGACGAUCCAUCACUAUACACCGAACUAUCUCAUCUGACACAGAGUAUCAUGAUGGUGAAAUUCUGGUCCCGUCAUGUGACGCAGUUCUCGAUAAUUCCAAAACAUUGGGCUAUUCUGGUGGGAAACCCUCUACAGAUGACGUUUCUUCGUUUUCGAGCAGGAAAGAAGAAAAGGAGCGGAAAGCAUGGAUCACCUUCAAGAACGAAAUCAUAAAGUUGGCCCAUACCCUGAGACUCAAGGGUUGGAGACGCGUUCCCCUGGAUAGCGGAGAGACUAUCGAUGUCAAACGUCUUAGUGGAGCUUUGACAAAUGCUGUAUAUGUUGUCUCUCCGCCUGAAAACCUACUACCUACAAAAGAAGCACAUAAGAGGGUUCCCGCGAAAUUACUAUUGCGAGUUUACGGCCCGCAAGCCGAUCAAAUUAUUGAUAGGGAAAAUGAAUUAAAUGUAUUAAGAAGGCUUGCGAAGAAGAAAAUUGGUCCCCGCUUAUUGGGGACAUUUACUAACGGCCGAUUUGAGCAAUAUCUUAAUGCCGUCACUCUUACGGCGGCUGAUAUCAGAGAUCCAGAGACUUCCAAGCAGAUUGCCAAGAGAAUGAGAGAGUUACAUGAUGGUAUUGAACUCUUAGACAAAGAAAUUGAUGGCGGGCCUAUGGUUUUGAGAAACUGGGACAGCUGGCUGAAUAGAACUUCACGCGUGGUCACGUAUCUGGAUCGAAAAAUCCUCUCCGGUAAUCCUGGUCCUGUCAGGAGUCCAGCAGAUGCGUGGAAAAUGCGAGGUCUCGUCUGCGGAGUCGAAUGGGCCGUAUUUAAGGAACUUGUAGACAAGUAUCGGAAGUUCUUGGAUGAACACUACGGCAGCCCUCGUGCUUUGCGGGAGAGCCUCGUGUUUGCACAUAGUGAUACACAAUACGGUAAUAUCCUACGCGUCCGGCCCGACGACGAGAAGUCGCCUUUACUCCAACCAAACUACGAGCAUAAACAGCUUGUGGUCAUAGACUUUGAGUACUCGGCGGCCAACACCAGAGGCUUGGAGUUUGCAAAUCAUUUCACGGAAUGGUGUUAUAACUACCACAGCGAGUACGCCCCGUUCGCGUGCAACCCGAAAUUAUAUCCAACGCCAGAGGAACAGCGUCGAUUCAUUCGGGCGUAUGUCAACCACCGGCCCGAAUUCCCACAUCCGGGCGCCUCAACACCGAACCGUACGCCCCUGGCAACCCCGAACCUACAGCCUAGCACGCCCGGCUUAAGUGAUACGAGCCUUGGCCCUACAAGCUCAAUUAAGGAGUUCAUGCUAGACUCGCGCGCUCCACCCGGUGGCUGGAAGGAAGAGGAGCGCCGUCGUGAAGAGCAGGCCGAGAUGCAGGUCGAGGCAUUGAUGGAAGAGACGCGCAUCUGGCGCAUCGCAAACAGUGCCCACUGGGUCGCUUGGGGCAUCAUGCAGGCAAAGAUCCCCGGUUUUGAUGAUAACACUACAGAUGACGUAGUGGGGGCAGUGCAGCCGACAGCCAUUGCAGCAUCGGAGGAGGAAGUAGACGAAGCGGAGGAGUUCGACUACCUGGCAUAUGCGCAGGACCGAGCCAUGUUUUUCCUUGGUGACUGCGUCAAGUUGGGCUUGAUCACCGAGGAGGAUCUGCCACAGGAUGUGAGGGGGAAGCUCAAGUAUGUGGAAUCCGAAGGAGUAUUUGUUAGCGGUGCGAUGGCGAGUGGAUAACCAGCAUAUAUUUCGGAAAGGCUCAAAUAACGAGUGAGUACAUCAGCCUUAAUCGCACUCACCGGGGACGGGUAGGCGGACAGAUACAUGAGGGCUCUUCGUAGCAUAGGAGGAAGAUGGAAAGAGAUCAUGCGAGAUACGAAAUUUGGACCCUAGGAACGAGUGAUGGAUUGGGUACCUUAGGUACUUACUUACGCUUUACGUAUGAGAUGAUAACCGGGUAGCGUGUGAAUUAUAUAUAUAUAUAUAUAUAUAUA